AUGGGGAAGGCAAAGCUGGAGCCCGACGUCAUUUUCAGCUACAAUGCUGGGAUCAGCGCGUGCGCGAAGGGCGAGCAGUGGCAGCCAGCGCUGGCGCUGCUGAGUGAGAUGUGGGAAGUAAAGCUGGAGCCCGACGUCAUCUUCAGCUACAGCGCUGGGAUCAGCGCGUGCGAGAAGGGCGAGCAGUGGCAGCGGGCACUGGCGCUGCUGAGCAAGAUGUGGGAAGUCAAGCUGGAGCCCAACCCCUCGUCAGCUACAGCGCUGGGAUCAGCGCGUGCGAGAAGGGCGAGCAGUGGCAGCAGGCGCUGGCGCUGCUGA